AUGUGUUACUACAGCAGCUACUAUGGAGACCUAGGCUAUGGCUAUGGCUAUGGCUAUGGCUAUGGCUUUGGCUGUGCCUAUGGCUGUGCCUAUGGCUGUGCCUAUGGCUUUGACUAUGGCUGUGCCUAUCGUUGUGGCUAUGGCUGUGGCUAUGAUGGCUAUGGUUAUGGUUGCUGCUGCCCACAGUGCUAUAGAAGACACUGGUCUUAUGGCUUCUAUUGA